GUGUGUGUGUGUUCCUCGUGUUCGCUCAGAUCUGUGUCAGUGUAUUUCACAGAUAAUGACACGAGUGGGAGGGCCACUUACAGCAACUAGUCCGGACCGAGAUCCAGCAGGCGAUCCCACAGAGACUUUUAUUUCCAAGUCCAGGAAUCCCGGAUCGGACUGAUCGCUAUCUCGCACGGAUUAUGCCGCUGUUUUGCACUUGUUUUUCCUUUAGAGAAUAACUUUGUAACGUGUUUUCAAGUGGACGACGCCUCAGUUGCGGAACGAUGAAUUACUUGCUAAAAUGUGUUUUACUUUGGACUGUGAAUUCCAUUCCUUCCACUUAUGGAAUGGCAGUGACUGAGCUAACAGAUGGCUCUUGUCCCACGUUGACGGUAGAAGAUCACAGGUUUUCUGAUGUUUUAGAUCGCCCGCUGCAAAUAACAGGAUUUGAUCUCACAGAGAAGUUUCUCCAGCGAAAGGGAACGAUAUCAGAGGACCUGCCGUCCUUUCGAGUGGGAAGCAGCCCCCUUAUCCAGCCUACAAUAUCUGUAUUUCCACAUGGAUUUUCAAGUGAAUUCUCUCUAGUCACGAUGUUCAGGGUCAGAAGAACCACAAAAAAAGACCGCUGGUAUCUUUGGCAGAUAUUUCACCAGUCGGGAGACACUCAGGUAUCCGUCGCUGUUGAUGGUGGCAAAAAAGUGGUGGAGUUCAGUUCCCAGGGCCGGCUGCAUAACUUGCUCCGAUACACAUUCAAGAGCCGUGACCUACAUGGCCUUUUUGAUCGCCAGUGGCACAAGCUGAGCAUUUCUGUCCAGAGCAACAUCGUCUCCAUUUACAUGGACUGCAAGUUGAUUGAAAGACGGCUGACCGAGGAGAGAGACGAGGUUGACCUCAGCGGGCACACACUUAUAACGACAAGAGUGGAGGACGGACGGCCUGCAGAUGUUGAACUGAAACAAAUGUUGAUCUACUGUGACCCGUACAUGGCGGAGAUGGAGAACUGCUGUGAGCUGCUUGAACCAAAGUGUGAAGCCCAGAAGACAAUUAAUGGGACUUCCCCUCCCGAGGCUACGGACCAGCUCCCUCAGAUGCUGUCUCAGCCGCUCUCACAGUCAAUUGACAGAUGCCAGUGUCCGGCUGAAAAGGGGGAUCCAGGUUUACCAGGUGUUGCUGGGCUACCAGGACAAAAGGGGGAUCGCGGCCAGAAGGGAGACACUGGGGAGGCUGGGAUUCAAGGAAGUCCGGGACACAAGGGAGAUGUUGGCUCAGAAGGGCAAAAGGGAAUCAAUGGGGAGAAGGGUGUGAAAGGUGACCCCGGACCGGUCGGUCCAUUUGGUCCGAAAGGAGACAAAGGUGAAGUCGGGCGUCCAGGAGUUCCCGGUCGACCUGCUGACACAGGCGUACUCAAAGGAACUCAGGGAGCCGACGGGGACAAAGGAGACAAGGGAGUGACCGGAGCGCCGGGUCAGCCAGGCAAAGAAGGCAAAGAGGGCAAAAGGGGCCGGAGAGGGAAGCCGGGGGACGCUGGACCUAAAGGGCAGUCGGGGGAGAAGGGCGACGGCGGCGUCCAUGGAGAAAAAGGGGUUAAAGGAGACAGAGGCGACCCUGGUGAGCCAGGUGCUGAGGGGGCCAGCGGGACGAAAGGACAGAAAGGUGAUGCCGGUCCGCCUGGUCCUCCUGGUCCUGUGAUGACGGCUCAUGGAUUAAGACAAGCCACAGUGAAUAAUGAACUGGAGAAAACACUGAAGGGUGAAAAGGGGGAAAAGGGAGAAAAUGGGCCUCAAGGACCACAAGGCUUUAAGGGAACUAUUGGGCUACCAGGGUUAAAGGGAGAUCAAGGAUCAGAGGGAAAGCAGGGCCCAUCUGGACCGAUUGGACUCCCAGGACUUCCAGGCGAGCCAGGCAAGCCAGGGGAGCCUGGGGUGCCAGGGCGAGAUGGCCUGAGAGGAGAGAAGGGUGAUUCGGGAGGGUUGACUGGCCCGCCUGGACCUCCUGGACCAAAGGGUGAGCCUGGUGGUGCCAUCAUGGGCGAUGGUCUGUCUCUGUCACGAGCCUCUCGGGGACCCAAGGGCGAGCGAGGAGUCCCAGGCCUGCCUGGAGAACAUGGUGAAAAAGGCGAACCUGGAGAAAGUAUCACAGGAAUACCUGGCCCCAUGGGACCUCCAGGGAAGCCAGGGGUCGAAGGUCCUCGUGGAUCACCAGGUUUAACAGGACCCCCCGGUGUUCCCGGAAAAGAGGGCUCCCCCGGUAGACAAGGGCCCCCUGGUCCCGCCGGACCCCCAGGUGAACCGACCGCUUUGCCCAUCGUUGGAGAUAUGAGCGCACUGCUUAAGAAUGCCUGCAGUGCGUGCCAGACGAGAGUUCCGGGGCUGCCUGGCCAGAAGGGAGAGAAGGGGACUACCGGAGGGCAAGGAGUAGAAGGCAUGGUGGGAGAAAAGGGGGAUCCAGGCAUAAGAGGACCGAUGGGUAACCCUGGAAAAGAGGGCCCUAAGGGAGUGAAAGGAGAGAGAGGCUUCCCGGGGCCGACCGGAGAUAAGGGGGAUGAGGGCCCUUCUGGAGUACCAGGACUUCCUGGAGCAACUGGUCGCACAGGAGCCCCUGGACUCAUGGGAAGACCUGGUCCAAUGGGACCCGCAGGGUCGAAAGGAGAUAAGGGAAAUGAUGGAUCCCCGGGACGACCAGGACUUCCAGGGCCUCCGGGUGUACCCUAUGUGGAGGGCAAUGGGAUGAGCAGUCUGUACAAGCUGCAGAGUGGCGGAGCGAUUUUAGGCCCCCCUGGAGCUCCUGGUGCUCCGGGUCCCAAAGGAGAUGAAGGCAUUCCAGGCGAGCCCGGUGCCAUGGGACUGCCGGGGCUGGAAGGGCUGCCUGGCGCCAAGGGAGAUAGUGGUUUACCUGGUCCACCUGGUCCUCAAGGUCCUGUGGGGAAGCCCGGUAGUCGCGGAGAGCCAGGGAUCCCUGGAGAGCCGGGUGAGCGAGGGCCGCUCGGAGAGACAGGAUUCCCGGGGCCCGAGGGACCUCAAGGUGUUGCUGGCCGAGCCGGAAAAGACGGAACUCCUGGAAUCAAGGGACCUACAGGUAGACCAGGGGACCGUGGAUCCAAGGGGGAACGUGGUGACCCAGGGAUCCCUGGUGAGAGAGGCGUUCAAGGCGAGAGGGGACGCUCGGGUGACGCCGGUCCAAUUGGACCUAUCGGCCCGCAAGGCGUAAAAGGUGACGCCGGCCCUCCAGGACCUGUGGAAAGUUCAAAUCUUCUGGGGGAUCCCACCUUCAUCGAAGAGCUCAAGAAGUUUGUAAAAACAGAAGUAUUGAGGGUUAUUGAAGAAAAGUUAUCGAGCUCAGGCACUCUGAAGAAGACACCUGCGGGCAUGUUAGCUUCACACAUCCAAGGUCCACCAGGACCCCCAGGCAAGGAUGGGUUGCCAGGCCCUCCAGGAGAACCAGGACCCCCAGGUCCACAAGGCUACAGGGGUCAGAAAGGUGAACGGGGUCAGCUCGGUCUUGGCUUACCAGGAGAUCCUGGACCCGAAGGACCACCAGGUCCUCCCGGGAGAUCUUCUCAGGGCCCUCCUGGCACCCCGGGGCCUCAGGGUCCUCCUGGAACAUGUGACCCCAGUGACUGUCAGUCAGCGCCCUUAUGAACUUUACGGGUCCGUCCCACGACCACCAGCGGGACGCCCUCUCUACAUCCGGCACCUUCCUCUCCUCUGGUUCAUCUGACCUCUUUUGUUCACUUUAUAAUAACGUCAGUCUACAGUCGAGCUUUUCUCCCGCUGCUGUUGGUGUUCUGCGUCUAACAACAAACGACUGUUUGUCCGUGGCUUCAAAGUUGUUCUUUUUAAAGUCCUCGACUGUGAUGAUUUGCAUUCCUCGUCUCAUGACGUCUUUCAAGGCGAUGAAAUGACUUGCUUUGUUCCGCUCAGCCCUGAUCUUAAUUGUUUAUGCGCCCCCUAAUGGGCCGGCCUAUGCACCCUUCUGUUCUAUUUCAGAUAAGCUACUGCCUUGGCAGAAGGUACGUUGCGUGUGUGCCUGUCUUUGUGUGUGUGUGUGUGUGUGUGUGUGGAAGAUAACAAGCGAUUGGUGAAAUUAUCAUCCUCUUUUCAUGUGCAGCGACAUUAAGAUUCAUGUAACCAAAGUGCAGGAGCUGUGUUUGAUAUGGAAACUAUUUAUGUGGGGUGUGUGUGUCGAUGAUGAAUGUAUUUAAGUCGUACUAACGGACCGUUUCUGUAGACGGUGAGCACGUCUGGACUCCUGAGUGUUGCUUUCAUUUUCACACUCACUCAUGCCAGAUUUAUUUUUUUAACAAUGUUCAUGACUUUCAUGAUGUUUAUGAUUUUCAUGUUUGCUUUUUGUUGUUUGCCUUAAAUGCAAAUGCAAAACGAUUUGCAAAUGCACACGAAUGUCUUUAUGAUGAGAAAAGGAUUGUUAAUAUUCUCUCUGGUUCGACUUCGAGACCUUUAUGCUUUAUUACUGAUGAACACUUCAGAACGUCAUAUCGACUAUAUUGUCUUUUGAAAUGAAUUAUACCAAACAACAUCGAAUUCACGUUGUUACAGACGCAUUGUGAUCCACACAUUGAUUUUUAAGUUGAGUUAUUUGAGUCUUCAGCGCCGUUGCAGCCUGUUGCUCUUGAGUUCAGCGUAACCAAGUAGUUGUAUAAUCGACUUUUAUAUUCACAUGGAAUGGCUUUUGUGACUAUGACUCUGAAGUCCCUCCAUAACCUCUCAAACAAAAACAUCAAAUUCAAUGCCUGAUCUAUUUACAAACCCAUACUUUUUCUUCUGCUUUUCAAUAAAAGUGAAGUGAAGAAAAUUGAGAUAGAUGAAAAGAGAAAAGUAACAGACGGGCAGUUCCACCAAGACAGCAGGUGGCGCUACGAUGAAGAGUUUACAACAGCCACAGGGGGUGGGGGAGUGAAAUAUAGGUAACGUGUGAGAUGUUUUGUGCAGAAAUUCAGCUUAAUAUUUCAUAUCACAGCAAAAAAAGAUCAGGCAGAGAUAUGACACUGUAAAAAUAUGUAUGAUGAAAUUACAUUUUCUUUAAUGUUCCAGCAGCAGUUGCAUCAUGAGAAUGACAUCGCUGGACUUGAAAGUUAUGUUUGACAUUUUUGAGGUUGUUUUAAUGGCUGCUCAUGUUCUUCAAGGUUAUCUGUGUGUUCAUGGAGUCAUCACACUCACACACAUGCACACAUAGCAGUCAUAUCUUGUGUUGCCAGGUCGACGCUGGACACUCCAGUACAGUAAGAGUGUGAUGGGUUCAUGAGGUUUCAUGAAACAGUGUCCUUAUUUUCAGAGGCCACUAGAUGGCACUGUCUGCUGUAGAGUGUUUUCAUUUUUUAACCAAGUGCGCCACCUAGUGAGCACUGAAAAUUGGCUCACUGUUUCAUCACUACCACCUUGCUAAAGAAACAAGCUGAUGUCAUAUCAUGAAGAUGCCUGAAUCAUUACUAGCUACUCUGAGUCUCUCACAAAUGCCGGCUCAAUUUUAAAGAGUGGCAGCAGCUUCUAAUCUUUUUGGUCGUAACCUGAAGUUAAAACAGGUGUUUUGUUUAUUCACAGCCUCUUGUUCUGCUUCAGUUACGAGGCCCUUCUUUUUCUUGUUUGCUCCCAAGUCUGUUUCAGAGGAGCCCAAUGAGAACGUGCAUGUCUGAUUCAUUCAGUUUAUUAAAUAUGUCUGCCGUGAAUUGUCUUCAACAACGCUUUCAUGUUUAACAUGGGUUUGACGAUCACUGGGACCUGACCAUAUUCAGGUCAUUGAUAAAGAUUGUCUUCAGGUCGACGCUGUUGUUUACAUGAUGUUGUGGAUGAAGAUUCCUCUGGUUUGUCCGUGUAAAUAUGAAUCUAUGUGAGCGAACUACACUGAGGCAAUCGGAGCACUUCAUUACUGAUUGUUUUUUUUUGUUUAUUUUCAUUGCUUCACACUAACUACUCCUCAUUAUGUGCCCCAAGUGAAGUCAGCCAGACCGAAGCAGGCUUAGUACAUGAAGAUGAUACCAUUAAUCCGAAGAAUUCUAACAUGAAAUGAUGUGUAAAUUCCACAUAAAUGGACACUUGUCGCCGCGGCGGUUCCCUCCGCUUUCUGGCUGAAGCUGAUCUCAAAGCUGUCUAAACUUCCUUGUGAUCAUAAAGCGACAUGAGAAGUUAGAAGUCUCCCUCUUGCUCCAUUGAAUAGGGACUUAUUAUGUCCCUAGAUUCCAUUUGUGAGUUUAAAGAGCCCCCUGCUGGCCACAUGUAGUGAAUCAUUUUCUUCCUCUUGUAUGUAUGAUUUCUGUCCUUUCAUCGUGAUCUUUUACAUAUUCACAUCCCCCACAGAAACAAUAACCUUGACCAGAAUCACAUGAGACGUUUGCGUAAUGUGGUCUACACUUCCUGCUUCUGUGCUGCUCUAAUGAUGAGAGAAACACUUUGCAUAUAUUGACUCGGAUUAAUAUUCAUGGAUUCUCACUUUCAUUUUGUUAAAAAGAAAAAAAAAGCCUGAUAAUGAGGAGGAACUGGAAGCGGCCGAUGAUCUAAAAUCCAGAGGAAGGAAGCAUUUCCUGCUGGAAAAGUCCACAAACUUUGUCAGCGUGGUCGCUGGAGUUGACCCUGUCCCUGAAUAUAAUCUAAUCUUGUAAAUAAGAUUGUAAUGAGGUGAAAUAUGGAUCAUCCUCCCAGCGUGCUGCUCUGGAUUAAAAUGAUCGCCCCGCUGUUUUCAGUGUAACUCAUUUUACAAGCCCGCCACCCACUGAGAAGCUGAAAUGCCUUUCCAAAGUUUUUCUUUCACCGGAUAUCUACCUCAGUUUUUCUUUGCUGCCUCCUCACGAAGCUAUUUUUGGGAAGAAUAAUGAAAUUCACACACUGUUCUUGCAUCUCUAUGUAAAAAUAACGUCGUUUAUUCACCGGAAAAAUUUCAUGGCUUUUAUUGCUGACUUUAAAUUUGCAUCUUUGACAAUGGGAGUUGCCUUGUUGUGCAAUAAUUUUGUGGUUUUCUUC